AAAUAUAUUGUAUAUAUUAUUAUAAAUUAAUAUUUUGCUUAAAUUUAUUAAAUAUACAUAUUUAUUAAUAUAUUAUAUAUAUAUAUUAUAUUAAUAUGAAGUAUUAUUUACGAUUAUUUUCAAAAAAAUUGUUUCUUUUCAUAAUUAUUUGUAAUUCAAUAUUUAAUAUUGUCAAUGGUACAGAAUUUAAACAAUAUGCUGUGCCUCCAGCGGAUGGUUGGGUUCCAAGUGAAAUGAUACUUGAUCGUACUGAAAUUCCAAAAAAUAUAUUACUCGGAGUUACAAUUGGAGGAUGGAAUCAUCUCCGACAUAUUUUGACAAUAGCAAAUAUCUUGGCUGAUCGUGGGUACAAUCUCACGUUAGCGAAGAGAGGAAAAUUUUUACAAUCAGAACAAUAUCCGAAAAUUAAUUUUAUUUCACUUGGGGAAGAAAUUGAUUUAAGUAAAGAUCCCGAGACUAUACAAUUAGUUAAAGAAAAAGUUGACGUGGGAAGAUUUAAAAAAGUAUUUAAAAAUCAUUAUGCCGCUUAUGAUAGUAUAUUUUUAAGACUUAAGGAAAUUUCUGAGAUGAUCAAACCAGAUUUAUUUUUCUGUGAUACUGUAAAUAACGAACCAUGUUUCGAUGUAGCUUGGUUAAUGAAAAAACCAUUGGUCGGAAUUUCAACUUCCCCAUUAGGAUUAACACAUACUCCUUAUAGAUCAGAUCCUAUAUUCGGAUGUAAAGUUAAUAUGGAAAAUGAAUCAUUUUGGGAAAGAUUUAGAUGUGAAUUUAUUUCACCUCUUCAAUUCUUAUGGUCAUUUAAAAGUUCUUUUGAUAAUUUUAAUAAAGUAAGGGCUGGUUAUGGUUUACCAUCUUUAAAAAGUCCAUUCGAACGAUGGCAAAAUUCCUUAUUCUUGGUUGAUAAUUUCUUUGGUUAUGAGACACCAGUUCCUUUACCUCCACUUUAUCAGGAAAUUGGACCGGUAUUACCAGAUUAUUUUCCCUCGUUAACGCCAGAUAUUGAGAAAUUUCUCAAUUCACAUAAACGUACAAUGUUUGUGGCAUUAGGAUCAUUCUUAUUCUUAUCAUCAGAAAAUUAUGCAAAAUUAUUACAAUCAAUUAUUGAAGUUAUUGAAAAUAAUAUUGUUGAUGGAGUAAUUUGGGCAAAUAUUGAAAAAUAUCGAGAAUCAUUUCCUUCUAAUAUAACACUUUCAGAUGGUAGAACAAUUUCAACUUCAAAUUUAUUCGAUAAUAAGAAUUCAAAUAUUUUUAUGACUUCUUUUGCACCUCAAUUUUCUAUAUUAAAUCAUACUAAUACAAAGAUUUUCUUAAGUCAUUCUGGUUCUGGAAGUGUUUAUGAAUCAUUAUAUGCUGGUACACCUUUACUCUCUUUACCAAUUACUUAUGAUCAACCUGGUAACGCUGAAAAAUUGGAAUUAGCUGGUGUAGCUUUAACAUUAGAUAAAACUAAUUUAGAAGUAAAAGAUAUUUUAAAUAAAAUUGAAAAAAUAUUAAAUGAUGAACAAAUACGAAUUAAUACAAAGAGACUUAAAACUUUAGCUAUGAUUAAUAGUAAAAGAAAAUAUAGAGCUGCUGAUUUAAUAGAAUUUACUUUAUAUUCUUCAGUAUUAAAACAAAAGAAUAUAAAUGAUGAAAAUUAUAAUAUUGAAAAAUGGUUAUUUAAAGAAUUGAUUACUCCUGAUACUAGAAUGGGUUUAAUUAGAGGAAAAUAUUUGGAUGUUUAUGCUGCCGCUUUAAUAAUUGUUAUUAGUAUUACUUUUUUAAGUAUUUUUAUAAUUAGAAAAUUAAUUUAUAUAAAAUUAUUUAAAGUUAAAGAAGGAGAUAAAGAUAAGAAAGAUUAAUGAUAG